AUGAUAUUGGCAAAAGCUAAUGCACUAAUGGGUGCUUCAGUAUGGAUUGUCGUAUUUCUUACGUUAUCCCAAUAUAUGGCUGAUGCCCUUCCGGAUAAUGUUUGUCCGUAUAUUGUCUGUGACACAAUCCCAGCUGACUGGUUUAUGGUGUACGAAACCGUUCGAGAACUCAUCAGCCGUAUAUUUCCUUUCUUCCUGGUUGCCUACAUGAACGCCAAAAUUCUUAUCACUUACAGGUUUGCUCCUUAUAGCUUACUCUUUAGUUAGAA